AGGCGUGGUCACUCUAUCGACGACGAAACAGCGAUGUCUUCACUGCGCCUGUUUGGCUCUCAUAUGCGGCGGAACUGCAGAAUAUGGAACUUCUCGGCAAGAAAACACAUCAGCACAACGUCAGCAGUGUCACGUGCUGCUGAUUUCGACUGGAGAGAUGCACUCAAUUUGGAGAGCAGACUCACCGAGGAUGAGAUCAUCAUGAGGGAUCAAGUGAGGCACUACUGCCAGGAGAAGCUCAUGCCACGCGUGCUCAUGGCAAACAGAAACGAACAUUUCCACCAGGAGAUCAUGAAGGAGCUUGGAUCUCUGGGGAUUCUGGGGCCCACACUGAAGGAAUUUGGGUGUGCCGGGGCCUCGUACGUCGCAUACGGCCUCAUUGCACGGGAAAUUGAGCGAGUGGACAGUAGUUAUCGGUCGGCCAUGAGUGUUCAGUCCUCUCUGGUCAUGUACCCCAUCAGUCAGUAUGGCUCACAACAACAGAAAGAAAAGUAUCUCCCUCCUCUUGCUCGCGGCGAUCUGAUUGGUUGUUUUGGUCUGACGGAGCCCAACCACGGGAGCGACCCCAACUCCAUGGAGACGAGAGCAGUCCACAAUCCCUCCUCCCGUACCUACACCCUCACCGGCAGCAAGUCUUGGAUCACCAAUUCUCCAAUCGCUGACGUUUUUGUCGUGUGGCCAAGACACAGGGAGAUGAAAAAAUCAGAGGCUUUAUUUUGGAGAAGGGGAUGAAGGGAUUGUCAGCUCCAAAGAUUGAAGGAAAAUUCUCACUGCGUGCCUCAGUCACAGGUCAGAUAGUGAUGGAAGAUGUAGAGAUUCCUGAAGAUAAUCUACUUCCAGAAGCGUCGGGACUAAAGGGGCCGUUUGGUUGUCUGAACAAUGCCCGAUACGGCAUUGCGUGGGGAGCGCUAGGAGCUGCCGAGUUCUGCCUUGACACUGCACGACAGUACACCAUUGACAGAAAGCAGUUUGGUCGACCCCUUGCCGCGAAUCAGCUCAUUCAGAAGAAAAUGGCCGACAUGCUAACAGAAAUUUCAAUAGGGCUGCAGGCCUGUUUACAAGUUGGCCGACUAAUGGAUGACGGAAAAUCUAGUCCUCAGAUGGUGUCACUGAUCAAGAGAAACUCGUGUGGCAAAGCUCUGGAAGCUGCCAGACUGGCUCGCGACAUGCUCGGAGGAAACGGUGUGAGUGAUGAGUAUCAUGUGAUCCGUCACAUGAUGAAUUUGGAGGCAGUCAACACGUACGAAGGGACACACGACAUCCAUGCUCUCAUUCUUGGCCGAGCCAUCACUGGACUACAAGCCUUCUUCUGACUUUUGUAUCCGUCAGAUUUCAACAUUGUGCACCAUGUAUAUAAUUAUGCCGAUUCUGAACACACCAUUAUAAAAUAUUGGUUGCCAAACGCCAAAUUUUCGAGUUGUGUUUAGUUUCACGACUGACAAAAGUUGUGGGCUGAUUCUCUGGCAGUGUGAAGCCACUGACACGCCGCCUGCAGACGUUGCAGUUGAAACCCCUGGGGUAACGAACCGUUAUUUGGCCCGUGUGUACCAACAAACACGGAUUCACUUGGAGGGUGGACCUUUCCCUCCUCAGCAUCACAGUGGUGGUCUCCCGGUUCUUGGGAAGUGUGAUAGUUUCCCGGGACAGAGAGAGAAACCUGUGGACUAACAUCCUUUAUCACCUCUACAGUUUCCUCAAGGACUUCCCUCAUUUGAGAAUACCUCUCAAAAAUGUCGAAUCUGAGCCAUUUUUUUAGCUUCCUGAGACAGACCGGACAUAGGAAUAGGGGCUGGGUGGCCGCCUCUUCGAUGGAGGUGCUCUCGUUCAUAGCACAGUGGAAAUAGUAGCAGUGUUUCAUUCCCAGAGUGUGGCAGAGUUCAUGGGUGACCACUCUCGCUAACACCCAUAGCUGGCCUAAUUGAUGUUCAACGGUGGGGGCGGUACUUGAAAACUGCGAUGAGAAAUAGCGUCCAAACCCAAAUAUGCCACACCCACUUGUAAGGGAGGCGUGGCCUAAGACAAAGUUCCACUCGGGGCUCGGGUAGAGGUCGACUGUGGCCACACCCAUUACACACUGGGCGUGGCUCGGUCUGUGGCGUUGGAGAUACGCCAGUAUGUCCCCCACAAGGUACUGUGUUCUAUUUGUACUCGUGUGAACCCGAGACGUAAGACUUGCUAUGGACCUUAGGUUCAGAGAAGGGGCGAGCUCCACACUCAUCCCACUGAAGAAAGCCGUGCAGAAUCGCUGUAAGUGUUGCAAAACGACGGGGGCAACCUCGGAGAGUGAGUAGCCGGGGAGGGAGGGAGCGGUGAAGGGUUGGAGGAUUAUGGUGGAGCGACGCAAGCGACGAGGGUGCGAGAGUUUCUGCUGCCCCAUGAACGAUUUCCACUGGCGGUAGGUCUGCUGGUCCAGGAGAGAAACACCCUCUGUUCCAGCUGGCAGGGCUUGAAAUAGGGUCGAAUUACCGCCAUUUUCUUGAAGGUUGCUUUCUGGAAAAAGUCGGUGUGUAUCCACAACUGAUGUUGAUACCUGAGAGAACAACCAGGUGAGAUCGGGUGGAGGCCUUCUCUUGUCGCAACCAGCCACUCUCUCUAGCCUAGCUCGUCCUCUGCUCUUCUCAGACAUGAACAGACGCUCGCUCUCUGCCCCCCCCCCCCCUCGAUCAACGGAAGUCUUCAUUUGAGUAGGCGGGGACUCAGAACGACGUGAGAUAAAAACGAGCCGCUAGCUUUUCUCAGUCCAAAAAAGAGAGGAGUACUGUGGAUGCAAUGCUUGCUGUAGUAGACAUGUUCAAGUCGCCGUUCUUGUUCGGAGGAGCUCGAAAGAGUGUUUCAAGAAGGUGCAGGCCGGGACUACACCAUGGUAAAGAAGUGAAAGCCGUCCCACUUGUGGCUCUAGCAGAGCCUUCUAGAGGUCCAGUUGCGGCCUCUUUCACCGGUCCCAACGCGGGCCUCACGGCUCUCGACCCAAAGUACAGCGCCGACUCGAGAGAGAGCGACGUGCAGAUAGCGGACACCAAGAACUGGGACAGGCCUUCGGAGUUCGCUUAUGGCAUCUCUGUUUCCCUCUACGAAGAGGAUAGAUCGCCUGGUGCAGCCCCUCCUCCUACUCCCAGCCUGCCGGAAGAAGCCAGAGGUCCUGCGACCACGUCGGUGGGGGAUCCAGUUGCAGACGUGUUCGGAGUCCAGGUCCGAGAGAACGUUGCCGUUCUGGCAAUAGCCGACGGGGUUGGCUGGGGUCAGAAGCCUCGCUUGGCGGCCAGAUGUGCCGUGAGGGCAGUCAUGGAACACGUCACGGCGAGUCUUCCCGAAAUACGACAAAACCCGACGUCUCACGCCCUCUCGAAGGUGCUGGUGGAAGCCGUGACGGAGAAGGCGCAAGAACUGAUACUGGAGCACAACGGGACGCUCACUACACUCAGCGCCGCGGUAGUCUGCGAGCUGACAACUCCAGGGGAGUGGGGGCUAUUCGUUGUAGCUGUGGGAGACAGCCCCGUGUACGUGUACUGUCCCCACUCGCGCAAAGUCGUCGAUGUGACGGUGGGCACCCACCCAUCAGACGGCGAGAGAGACGUCCGUAACUCUGGGGGGAGCCUAGGGCCUUCGCUGGGCACCAAACCCGACCUUGAGAACCUGACGGGGUGCGUGCUCUACAUACUC